AUGCCAUCAGCCGACAGUUUAUCUCAAUCAGACGCCGUAACAAUGAUUGAUUCAUACAUCCCUGACCUGCCGAACGAGAUCUUAUGCGAGAUCGCUGGCUAUGUCAACGACGAGGACGUUCUGAGUCUGCGACUUUCGGNNCCAAAAGUUUUUCAAUACAUCACAGCCGACCGCUUCGCCACUACUUUCUUCGAAGACCGUGCCUACGAACUCUCGCCCAAGGGACUGGAGGCUCUAGUCAAAAUCACAGAGCACUCGGACUUCGCUCCUCACAUCAGAACUGUCAUCAUUGGCCAUGGCGGCAAGCAUUCUUCUGCGAAGUACCACGAUUUGCUUGAGAAAGCCUUCCAGAAUCUCGCUAACAUCGGCAACACCAUUUCCAUCGGAACUCGUCGUGUGCGUACUACUCACAACUACAUUGAGCCUCAACAUACGCCUAAACAUCGUUCGAACUUCAGUAAGAACCAAAUGGUCAGAUUCUUGGAGGAAAAGAUGCUGCCUGCUGCCAUGCGCGCUCACAUGCCUCUCCAAGAGUUGGUCGCAGACAUGCAGUACAGUUCUUCACACCGUCUACUCCCAUCAAUCUCAGAAGGCUGGGAAAGGGAUGUAAGACCAGUUGUCAGACAGUUGCCAAUUCACCGUCAGUUCAGCGGUUUGCAGGUCAAGUUCAGUNACCGAGGAUCUGAUCCCAGUAAGCCGAGCUGUCUGUCCCUUGGCAUCCACGACAAGAGACUUAAGGUCUCACAAGCGGGCACCCGAAAGUGGCAGAAGUACCUGCCUUGGCCAUCCUUCAGAAGAUUCCGCGAGAUCGACCUAGAAGAUUGCGAGGUAAACGGCGACUGGCUAUAUGAGGUGCUACACUACUCCAGCCAAAGCCUCGAACGCUUCUCGCUGUAUAAUGUCCGUUUGAAGGUGCCUGCCUGGCACUGUCCCGUAGCUGCGAUCUGGGAGUCCCUAUUUGCGGCACAAACAACUUCACUAAGUGUUUUGGAAUCAUGCAGGUUGGGUGAUCUCUACGACGAAACUGGCAGCCUUUGGCUCGGGGGAGGUGACCAGACCAUCAAAGCCAGUACCAGAGCUCAAGUCUCUACUGUCCUCUCGAACCUCGGCGCUGGUCUCCGCACUUUCACACUCGAUGAUUGA